AAUUAUUAAAGAACCACGCUGGUGUGUCCCAUUUUUAUGAUUAGCACUCAGCUAACAGGCAUGACUGGCCAAACUCACCAGAGAUGCUGAGCCUACGGAAUGACAGGAUUUCAGCUGGUCUUCGGCCACCUUCCUCUCUCCUUCAUUUUUUAUUUUCUGAUUCUGGAGCAGAGAUGUUCGUGGUGAUUGUAGUUUUGAAGUGACGUUUAAAGCGGCAGGUUCUUGUGCCUGAAUAUGGGCUCGACUCAAAGGUGAUUUUGCCGUUCUGAGAUAAGAGGGUAGUGGGUUACCUCUGUGGACAUCACCUCUCGGGCCUUGACCUGAUACCCUUUAAACAAAAUGAAGAAGUUUCUUCAAAAUCGGAAAGGCAGGUACUCUCUGCGCCAGAGCAAGUCUGGUGCUCGUGUACCCAAAGAUUUCUUCCUGACUAUGCCAGCCUCCAACCAGGGCUGGCCGGAGGAGUUUGGGUUUCAGCUGGGAGGGAAUGGGCCCAGCUACAUUUUGUCAGUGGAAGAGGGCAGCAGUGCCCAUCUUGCUGGGCUACAGCCAGGAGACCAGGUGCUGGAGAUCGAAGGCCAGAAUGUUUCUACACUUGGUACCCAGGCUGUCAUUGCCAUAGCAAGGACACAGAAAAACAUCCCACCUAGCAUUGGAGUGGUGUCACGCAUACAGCAGAUGGACAUCUCACCAGGUCCUGAUGGCCGCUUUGGCUUCACAAUUGUUGGAGACUGCCCUCUGCUGGUGGAGGACUGCUCACCCAACUCACCGGCCGGGCGUGGCGGGCUGCGAGCGGGCGAUUAUGUGAUGGAGGUAAACGGGAUCCCGGUGAAGCAGCACGAAACGGCGGCGGCCAUGAUAAAGGCCUCUCAGGGCCGCACGCUGCGGCUGGGCGUGCUCUGUCUGGGCAGCCGGCAGAAGCACGCCAGCGCCAGCAUUAAAGAGUCCCUGCUGGGUGGCGAAGUCGUGCGCCAUGACCGUAAAUACAAGGCCCUGGAGUUCAACAAGAAGAUUGAGGAUAUCCUGGGGGACGAGCCUGAAGUUAAGGAGAGGCUGUUUGCUGCGUUGAAGCAGUACGCUGCGGAGAGGAAGGUGGACCGCUUGGCUUCCAUCCUCCCAGACAUUCUGACUGAGGAAGAGCAUCAGGAGCUUAUUGAUAGCAUCAGGAUCUUCAUCCCCAAGAAACACCGGCAGCGCUUCGACGAGGUGGUCUCCCAGAGCCUCAUCAACCGGGUGUGCCGGGGGAAGGGGCUCGGCGAACCGGGCCAGAACCGACUGCGCCGUAGCCGGAGCGAGGACCACCCCGAGCGGCUGCUGGUGUCCACGCGGGCCAGCUCCGUCCCCCGGCCUGUCGGGGACGACAACGAGCCCUCCGACCGAAACCUGAGGAAGACCGCCUCGCUGACCCCCGGGCACUCAGCCGCCGCAACCAACCGCAGGACAUUGCGAGUGUACAGAGGAAACAAGAGUUUUGGAUUUACUCUGCGUGGUCAUGCUCCUGUGUGGAUAGACUCAGUCAUUUCAGGUAGUCCAGCAGAGAAGUCUGGCCUUAAAACUGGAGACCGCAUCCUAUUUCUCAACGGACUGGACAUGAGGAGCUGCUCCCAUGAGAAGGUGGUGUCCAUGCUGCAGGGCAGUGGUGCCAUGCCCACCCUCGUGGUAGAGGAAGGGCCUGUCACCUACUCAUUGACCGAGCCUGAGCUGCAGGACACCCCCCCACGCUCCCGCUCCCCGGUGCUUAGCUCCCUGCAGUGGGUGGCUGAGAUCCUGCCCGCCAGCAUCCGGGUCCAUGGCCGCACCUUCAGCCAGCAGCUGGACCACCUCCUCACCCUCCAGGAGCGCUACGCCAUCUGCAAGGCCCUGGAGACCUUCUUCCAGCACAGGAACGUGGACACCCUGAUCGUGGAUGUGUUCCCUGUGCUGGACACCCCGGCCAAGCAGGUCAUCUGGCAGUUUAUCUAUCAGCUGCUGACCUACGAGGAACAGGAGCACUGCCAGCAGAAGCUCUCUCGCUUCCUUGGAUACAAGAUUGCUGCGGGGGAGGAGCCUGAGCUGGGGCCGGAGACUCACCGGCGCAGCAGCUCUAUGAGAGUGACAGGGACUGCCUACAGGAGCAGUGUGCGUGGGAGGAGCUCUGAUGACUGCAUCAUCGGCACUCACUUGGGAAUGGGGUUUCAUGUUGACUCUGAGGAGGUGGGGACGAUGCUGACAUCAGGCGAGAGACAAUCCGGAGAUGGGACGUCCCUCCCAGAAACCCCAAAUGUACAAAACAUUUCAGCUGUGUACGGAGAGCUGGAGGGUGUGCACACAGAAAAGAGCGUGAAGUCCCUGCAGAGUGCCUCCUCGCCUGCCCCAGACAGCCUGGCUGAUGCAGAGGCCCAUUCGCACUCCCCUUCCCCGUCCAUGCAUGCUAAAGAAGGCAACCAAUCUGGCUUCUCUUUGUCUUGGAAAGAUCCCUUGCCGAGCCCCCAGUCUCGAUUGUACCCACAGCAUAUUCCCUCACCAGGCAGUGUGGAUUCUAACCCUUACGUCAGCCUGGACAGUCCUCUCCCAUCGCCCAUGCCUGUAGAGUACCCUCCCAGUCCGCUGUCCCGCCGUAAGAAGCUCUUCACUUUCUCGCGGCCCCCCCGCAGCCGAGACACGGACAAGUUCCUGGACGCUCUCAGCGAGCAGCUGGGACACCGGGUCACCAUCGUGGAUGACUUCUUGUCACCGGAAAAUGACUAUGAAGAGAUGAGCUUCCUGGAUGAGCAGGAGACCAGCUUCCUGCCCCAUGAGAUAAGCAGCGCCAGCAGCGAGUAUCACAGCAGCAGUGAAGAUGCCAGCUCCCUGACCUACUCCUCCAGCAGCGACCACAUCCCUCCACCUCCACAGAGCCCCCCACCACCCCCACCCAUUCAGUUCAAUGACCCCCCACUGUACAUGGACUUUACACCAGAGCAUUCUCCCAAAAUGUACCUGUCCUACCAUCAAUACCCCAUACCUCCCCCACCACCACCUCCUCGUGCUACCCUGCCCCACCGGCAUUCUUCACACAAACUUCUGUCCAUCAGGCAGGACUACCAGGACCCCCCGUCAGCCCAUCAGUCCCUCUCGCCACGCCCGUCACAUCAUCCUGCACGCACAGGACACUCGCUCCUCCGCUCUAUCCAACCUAACUUAACCCCUCACACAUCUGCACAGUCCACACAGCCAAGCCAACGGACUCAUCAAACUCAUCAGACCUACCAAUCCCAGACCUACCAACCCCAGUCACCACAGCCCACCCAUCUAUCACUAAAACGCUCCACCCAUCAGAGUCACCAGGCCCAUUCACCUCACCUGUCUCUCGAGAGCCCUCGCCCUCCUCAACUCCCAGGUCCCCCUCCCCCUCCUCCUCCCCCACCCCCACCUCCCUGUAUACCGCCUCCUUUGCCCCAAUUCUCCCACCACAACUCUGACUCCAACCACAUGAGUGUGAAACGGCUGCGAUGGGAGCAGGUGGAGAACUCAGAGGGAACCAUAUGGGGGCAGCUUGGAGAGGAUUCUGAUUAUGACAAGCUGAGCGACAUGGUGAAGUACCUUGACUUAGAGCUGCACUUUGGAACACAGAGGAGUUCCAUCUCUCUUCCAGAGCCCACCUUUCUGCCCGAGACCUUUAAAAAGAAAGACGUGAUCGAGAUUCUCUCACGCAAGAAGGCCUACAACGCCUCCAUCCUGAUUGCACACCUGAAGCUGUCUCCUGCGGAGCUGAGGGAGGUGCUCAUGACCAUGACCACAGAACGCCUGGAGCCCUCUCACAUAAAGCAGCUGCUCCUGUACGCUCCUGAUGAGGAGGAGGUCAAGCAGUAUAAGCAGUUCAACCAGGAUCCAGCCAAGCUUAGUGAGCCUGACCAGUUUGUUCUACAGAUGCUAUCAGUGCCUGAGUAUAAGACACGUCUCCGGAGCCUGUACUUCAAGACCACGUUUCAAGAGAAGACAGAAGACAUGCGUGCUGGUUAUGAGUGCAUCUACAAAGCCUCCCUGGAGCUCAAGAACAGUAAAAAACUGGCAAAGAUUCUGGAGUUUGUCCUGGCAAUGGGAAAUUACUUGAAUAAUGGCCAGCCCAAGACAAAUAGAACCACUGGAUUUAAAAUCAACUUUCUCACCGAGCUCAGUACUACAAAAACUGUGGAUGGGAAAUCCACAUUCCUGCAUAUUCUUGCCAAAUCAUUAGGCCAACAUUUUCCAGAACUUUUGGAUUUUGCCAGGGACCUAAAGACAGUACCACUUGCUGCCAAAGUGAAUCAAAGAUUCCUGACGACUGACCUUAAUGACCUUCACACAACCAUUCAGGACAUCAGAAUGGCCUCCCAAAACAUGCCUGCCACUGCUGAAGAUCGCUUUGCGGUUAUAAUGAGUGGCUUCCUGGAAAACACUCAUCCAGCAGUGCAGUCACUGGAGUCCCUGCAGCAGCGGGCCAUGGAUGAGUUUACAAAGGUGGCCUCCUUCUUCGGAGAAGACAGCAAGGCCACCUCUACAGAAGCCUUCUUUGGCAUCUUUGCUGAGUUCAUCUCAAAGUUCCAGAGGGCACUCAAUGAGACCCAGGCCACACAGAACCCCAGGAGCCCCCGAAUGGCCUCUCCCCUGGCCUGGUGAGGGCAGACAUGACUCAUCCUCUUUUAAUCCUCCAUUGUGCCAAGAGGACCCCAGGGGCAUACACUGAUGCCUGCCUGGGAACUAGCUCACUUUGAAGCAUAGGAAUGGACUUCAACAGAGAAAACUAAAAAAAGAUAGAAUAACAGAAAAUCUAUUUAAAAUGCAUACUGAUUGAGAUAUAGAAUAUUUUAUAUUUUGUCAAAUGUGCAAGGUAAGUCAGAUAGAAGAAAAAAGAAAGCACAGCAAGCUCCAUUACAUUUUGGACAAAGACACAUUUCUUUCCUGAUUUGGCUUGGUACUGCACAAUUUCAGAUUUCUAAUCAAACAAUGCAUGUGAUUAAAGUGCACAUUCUCUGCUUUUAUUAAAGGAUAUUUGUAUAUUUUGGUUUCACCAUGUAGAAAUUACAGCACUUUUCAUACAUAACCAAUUUCAGGGCACCAUAAGGUUUGGGACCUUUAUGAAGAACUCUUUUUGCAGGCUCUUUUAGAUACUUCUUAGCAAACUGUGACCUGUACAUCGUGUUUUUGUGGCUAAUGAGUGGUUUGCAUCUUGAUGUGUAGCCUCUGUAGUUCUGCAUGUGAAGUCCUCUGCAGACAGUGGUUUUAUACACAUCUACGCCCACGCCUGAAGAGUGUUUCUGAUCUGUCGGACAGGUUUUUGGGGAUUUUUUGUCAUUAUGGUGAAAAUUCUUCGGUCAUCAACUGUAGAGUUCUUCCUUGGCCUACCAGGCCCAUUGUGAUUAGUGAGCUCCCCAGUACUCUCUUUUUUCUUAAUGAUGUUCCAAACAGUUGAUUUUUUUAAGGCUAAGGUUUGGCCUAUGACUCUGACAAUUUUUAUUAAUUUCUCAGCUUCCUGAGAAAUUGUUUCCCAACCCAAUUGUUUGAUUACAGAUGUAAAAUUGUGAAGUACAGAGCCGAAUCAUGAAAAAAUGUCUUCGUCCCAAACAUUACGAAGCUCACUGUAUGUACAGUAAGAAUUUAGCACUUUUGAUGUUUGCAGAUCUUAGAUCCCUUUAAGUGUCUGACAAAGCUCUGAUUUUAAAGAAAGAACAAUGAUAUAUAUAUCACAUAUGCCAGCUGAUCAUCACAUUUAUAGGUAUGAAAAGGUGACAUAUUUCAAUGUCUCAGUUAGAAUUAAUAGUUGUGCAGUCAGUUGGCAUUUAUAAGUAAACCUUUUGGCGGGCAGUAAUUCACAAUCAAAUUAUUUCAGUCAAUAGUCAGAAACAGACAUCGUCUUUGAUAUUAAGCUGAUUAAGUAAUCAUCAAUUUUGGGCAAGGGAAUGAAUUAAUAAUUAAAAAUCUGGAUUUGAUGUUAGUGUAUUCAAUACCUCAGAUUACUGAAAAGAUUAUUACAGAAGACAUCUGAUAUUGUGGAAAAAAGAGUUUUUCCUUUAUUGUACUACUUCUGCCAACGAGUUCAGGUAAUCAUCAGCCUAGCUUUACCUCAUGGAAAUAUUGAGGUUCAGUGGAGAAGUUUACAGCAGGGAUGAGAAGCACUGAAGACAUUUUGGUUGUUUCAUUUUCAUGGUAAUAAUGUACAGUUCACAUAAACACUAAACAAGGUUUUUGAUUUACCUUACUGCAUUUCUGGCUGGACCACAACAGCGGGGCCAGCCCUAUAAACGUGAAUGUCUGUGACUGAGUGAGUGAUGAAGAUACACCGUGCAUGUCUGUGACUGAGUGACUGACUGAUGAAGUUACACCAUUAGUCAGCUGGUUCGGUCCAGCCAUAUACUAGGUUUUGACCUGGUCGUGUUAAGAAUACCCCCAGUAUUUAUGCAGGAGGCUUGUUUUAAUAGGUAUUCAACUCUUUGAUGGAGGACCAGUUUGUUCACCAUUUAUUGAUAGUUUGUAUUCUGCCUUGCCUUUUUGGACUAUAGCUGACCUUAAGAGAGUGAUGGAGAUUGUUAUACUGCACUACUAAUCCCAUGAUACUCAGUGUGGGUGGUUCAGACUCCUUAUCCUAAAAUGACUUGUGGUUUCAGUGAAGUCACAUUCUGAAAAUGGUCUGACAGUAUAUCAAAACAUCAAGCGCAAUGAUACGAUAACAUUAUUAUAAUGUUAAUAUUUUCUUAAGAAUUUAGAAAUGCAGAAAGUACAAAGAAACUAUAUUGUGAUUAUAUGACUACUCUCUUGUGACCAAUAUUUUUAUGUGCAUAAUGAUUGUGUUGAAAUGGUACAAAAGGACUCAGAAAAUAAUUUUAUUUUAAAGGUUUUAUAAACGCAUUCAUCUGAGAUUUACAUAAAGUAUAGGAAGUAAAAGGCAUUAACUGUAGCAUUUGGGGGCAUAUUAUCCUGAUGUCUCUUGCUCCUUGGUGAUUCUUACUACUUCAUUAACCCAAUAAACCAGGGGUGUCCGAUCUUAUCCAAAAAUGGCCAGUGUGGGUGCAGGUUUUUGUUUUAGCCUAGCACUAUGACACCUGAUUCAACUAAUUGACUAAUCACGGUCUUCAAUUAAAACUUUGAUUGAUAGAAUCAGCUGUCUUAGUGCUGUGGGCUGAAAUAAAAUCUACUCCCCCAUCGGCCCUUUUC